CUGCCGUUGAAUCUGCUGGUGCAUGUGUUUCAGGAGCGGGUUCUGAAAAUCAAGAGGAGGGUGGCCGGGCAGCUCCGAAAGAAAAGGAUCAGUACACAGUGGGGCUGGAGGUGGAGGUCGGGCAGCUGAAAAUAAAGAACGGGGAUCUGAAGAUGAAAGUGGACAAGCUGCAGAAGGAGACAAAAGAGCUACAGGAGCAGCUGGGGGCGGCAAAGGACGAGGUUGAAACGUGGAAGAAAGACGGCGUGCUUAAGGAGGUCCUGGAGGCGAAGGAGAGGGAGGUAGAGGCGCUUAGGAGGGAGAUGGAGGAGGGGAAGAGGCAGGCGAGUGGGCUGCGCAGCGGAAGGAGCAGGAGGAGAGCGCGGUUGCGCUUGAUGUGGAGAUGGGAAGCUGCGAAUGAAGAACAUGGACCUCAAGAGCAAGGUGGAGAAGCUGCAGCAGCAGGUGCGCGAGCAGAAGGAGCAGCUGGGGGACUUGGCAAGGCAGGGGCGGGUGGGGAAGGGGUGGUGCUGGCAGUGGGGGCGGGUCGGAGAAAGGGAGAGGGCCGGUGAGUAGAAGUGCCAGCUGGAAGGGAGGAGUAGGCGGCGGAGUGGUGGGGGCGGCAGGAGGAGGAGCAGGAGGCGAUAGUUUGGGAGGGGACGGGGAAGUGGGCAAGCUGCGUGCGCAGGUGAAGGAAGUGGAAAGGACGAAAGCGC